AUGGAAUAUCCUAGUGUCCUGCAGCUGGCGGCCGGCUGGCCGUCGAUGGAACCGCCGACUGGCUCGUACAACGGCACCGACAUGGGGCCGUACAACAACGGCACCGGCGACAGGGACGCGCUGUACUGCGAUGACACGUCCGGGCACGAGUCGUCGCUGUACCUGAUAUCCAAGAUCCUGUACGUGAUCGUGUGCGUGAUAGGUCUGGUAGGCAACACGCUGGUCAUAUACGUAGUGAUCCGGUUCUCCAAGAUGCAGACGGUGACCAACAUGUACAUCGUCAACCUGGCCAUCGCCGACGAGUGUUUCCUGAUCGGCAUACCGUUCCUGAUCGUCACCAUGUCCAUGGAGUUCUGGCCGUUCGGCAACGUCAUGUGCAAGGUGUACAUGACCACCACCAGCGUGAACCAGUUCACCAGCAGCAUAUUUCUGAUGAUCAUGAGCGCCGACCGGUACAUAGCCAUAUGCCAUCCGAUAUCGUCGUCCAAGGUGCGCACCGCGUACGUGUCCAAGAUCGUGUCGGUGACCGCGUGGACGUUCAGCAUCAUACUCAUGAUACCGGUCAUCAUGUACGCCAACACAAUGGACAAGGGCAACGUCAAGAGCUGCAACAUCAUAUGGCCGGAGAACGACUUGUUCAGCGGGCAGACCGCGUUCACGCUCUACUCUUUCGUGCUCGGGUUCGCCAUACCGCUCAUGCUCAUUUUCGUCUUCUACAUACUGGUCAUCAGGAAGCUGCAGACGGUGGGACCGGUGAACAAGUCGAAGGAGAAGAAGAAGUCACACCGGAAGGUGACCAAGCUGGUGUUGACGGUGAUUACGGUGUACGUGCUGUGCUGGCUGCCGUACUGGAUCACGCAGGUGGCGCUGAUAUUCACGCCGCCCAAACAGUGUCAGUCCAAGAUCGUCAUCACGAUAUUCCUGUUGGCCGGCUGCUUGAGCUACAGCAACAGCGCCAUGAACCCGAUCCUGUACGCGUUCCUCAGCGACAACUUCAAGAAGAGCUUCCUCAAGGCGUGCACGUGCGCUGCCGGCAAGGACGUGAACGCGGGCCUGCACCAGGAGAACAGCACGUUCCCGCGUCGGAACCGCGGCGGUUCGGAGCGCGGCGGCGGCCGGACCGGGCGGGCCACCACCAUACUGUGCCAGGCGGUCAGCGGCGGUGUCGGCGGCGGCGGAGCGGGCGGUUGCUGCAAGGACGACGACGGCGGGUGUUGCGGCGAGACGGGACCACUUGUCGGGCGAGCCGAGCUGGUCAGCAAGGAGAACACGUCCACCGCGCUCACCAUGACGUCCAGGUCCACGUGCAACGACAAUAACGUGCAACCCGCCCAGUUGUAA